AUGUCAAGCUUUGAGCCAGUUAUUGCUAUUGAUGGUAAGGGCCACUUAUUAGGACGUUUGGCUUCCAUUAUUGCUAAGCAAUUAUUGAAUGGCCAAAAGGUUGUAGUAGUCAGAUGUGAAGCUCUUAACAUCUCAGGAGAAUUCUUCAGAAACAAGUUGAAGUACCACGAUUACUUGAGAAAGGCCACUAGAUACAACAAGAAGAAGGGUCCAUUCCAUUUCAGGGCUCCAUCCAGAAUCUUGUACAAGGCUAUCAGAGGUAUGAUUCCUCACAAAACCGCUAGAGGUAAGGCUGCAUUAGAGAGAUUAAAGGUUUUCGAAGGUAUCCCACCACCAUACGACAAAAAGAAGAGAGUUGUUGUUCCACAAGCCUUAAGAGUUUUGAGAUUGAGACCUGGUAGAAAAUACACCACUGUCGGUAAGUUAUCAAGUGCUGUUGGCUGGAAGUACGAAAAUGUUGUCGAUAAAUUAGAAGAGAAGAGAAAGUUGCACAGCGCCGAGUACUACGCAAAGAAGAAGGCUUUGGCUAAGAAGGUCGAGGCUGCUAAGUCAUCCACUGCUGAAUCUGACGCUGCUAAGAAGUUAGCUGCUUUAGGUUAUUAA